CAAGUCUGGGAUAUGUCUCAUAAGAGCAAGUUGAAGGAAUUGUUAACAGAACGGAGUUGUUUGUGAAAAAAACCAACAUAUUAGGGAUCAAGUACAGGAAGAAAAUCGUAUAGAAUUUAUGAAUUGUUUAAGAGGAACACCGAGUAUGAACAUAGGUAUUCUAUCGUUUCAAAGACGGUUUCUGCAUACUUUGCGGAGACCAUUUAUCUUUCCUAAGCCAUUGAAAGGACCCAAAUGUAAAAAUGUGGUUGCAGAAUACGAGAAAAAGUACCAGAAUAGCGUGGAUGUUAAUGGAGAGCGUUUCCAGAUGUUUCACCGGUCGCAAAAGGAUCGUGUGAGACCAGGAGCUGUCUUAUUAGUGGAAAGCUAUUCUAAAUACCCGUUGAAAGAAAGUAUAAACAGAUUUGCAGGAUACUUAUUGCGUGUACGCCAUCGCGGACCGAAAAGCUCGUUUUUACUCAGAAACAAUGUGAUGGGUGUCGGUGUGGAAGUCUUAUUUCCUAUAUACUCUCCACAGAUCAAAAGCAUAACUGUACUGAAAGAUAACGGAAUUUCAAAGCGUCCAAGAAGAGCAUAUUUAAGUUACUUACGCCAACCUCGAUUCCGACUAGCACCUGUCGAGCCGCUUGUACGCAAGUAUAUGGAAGCAAAACGAAAGUAGUGUUUCUCUUCUUUCUUUACUUUGUGUACUCCUGUUGCUAGCAAAGGUUUCAUUUGCGAUGGUUAUUCUCAUUAUUCAUUAAAAAUUGUAUAUCUUUCUAUAUUUGUCCGUUUUCUGGAUCUCUCUUCUUUUUUACCUAUCCUAUCCUUUCACUAUGUGAUUCAUACCUUGACUUGACUCUUUGGUAUGAGCUUUUAAUCUUUUUGAGUCCCCAAAACCUGGCAUUAGUUUGUUGAGUUUUCUUCUUGAAAAAGAAGAUGUACAGUUUUUUACGUAUAAAAAUGAAAACUACUACUCUACUUUUCACUGUUUUUGCAAAACUGUCGCAAACUUAAAGCUCGGAACCUAUUCCAUUGAAUUUCCUAGGAGAGCAAUUACUCUCGGGAUUUGUAGUUUUUCUUAGUUUAAAUCACACAUACUACUUGUAACCUUCAUACGCUUGAUAGAAUAAGCCAAAGAAUUCAUUCGAUAGAG